AUGACUUACUCCAUAGCGGGACAUGAAAUCAGGCUAGAUAAGGUUAUCAACCACGAUGACGAAGAGAUGAUACUAAGGUACAAAGAAAUCUUCAAAAUAUGUUUGAAUGAUUCCAACCUUAAAUUAUUAAUAAGUGUCAAGAAAUUGGUUCAUCUAUAUAGUGACAUUAUCAUGAUUUAUAGUACACUUUUGAAUAAAAUACCCAAUUAUGAAGACAUUAGGCUUAUGACUUUAAAUGUAAAGAAGGAUUCAAUAUUAGUGGAAAAUAAGUUCAAUGAAAUCUUCAGUAAAUCUAUUAAUGAAGUUGACAUUUUUUCCAAGAAGAUGAGUUGGCAAACCAAGAAAUACGAAAGUAUUAUCAAACCAUUGACUAAGCAAUUGUUAGAAUUAACUUUGACAUUCUUUGAAAAAUUUUUUAAAACUUUAACUUGCAUUCAAUUAUUUUUCGAAAGUUUCAAUAAUUUGAAGAAACUUUUAAUACCAUUCUUAGUUGAUCAAACUCAUAGGGUAAUUGAUUCACUCAAAAAAUCAAUAUUUUUUGUUAAUUUCCCUACCAUAACAGAUAAUUUAGAUUCCAUUACGGAGUUAACUCCUACAAUCUUGAAACAACUCAAAAAGAUAGAGAAAAUAACCAAAGGAAUUGGGAAAGAGACUACUAUCUUGAACGAAGCUUUCAAAAGAUUCGAACCUACAUUACAACAAUACACUCAAAUAUUAUUAGGGAAAGCCAUUUUGAAAAGAAGUAUAAGUGAUGAGGAUUGUAAAAUUAUUAAUAGAAGAGACAUAUGUUAUCAAGCUGCUGAACAUGUUGUAUCAAUACCUUUAACUGAAGAACAAAAAUUCCAAUUCUUCUCUAAGUACAUUAUAAUAGUAAUUUUGGUUCUCAUGUUAUUGGUAGUAACAACAAUAUUCAGGUUUUUUAGAGUUGUCUUUUAA